ACACACACAACCCUCCCCAAAGCAAAAUAAAAAAGUUUGUCAAACCCUGCUCCGUAAAUUUCGAUCUGUCCCUAAUAUAAAACGAUUGAGCAAACUUCACUGGGAAACGAAAGCUAUUACUAUUCUCACCAUGGCGUCCAGCAGCGUAAAUGACCCUAGUCAAGGGAACAGCUACCAGGAGGACUUCAGCUGCUCUGAGAGUAACUCUGAGAGCAGUGCUACAGAAGAGGAAUCAGACAGUGAUGCAGCAGGACCCCGGCAGGAUCAGGAAGAGCCUUGCCGGUACUACAACAGUGGUCACUGCCGGGAUGGGAAAAGGUGCCACUACUUACACGUCUGCAAAUACGCACUGAGAGGCAACUGUCGCUACGGAGCCAAGUGUCGCCUCAAGCACCUCAGCUCCUCCUCUGACCGUAAUGGAGGUAGUGGGAGGAGGGAAAGGAGGAGAUCUUUAUCUGGAGGGAGAAGAGAAGGCGGUGGGAGAGAAAGGAGGAGGUCUUCAUCUGGAGGGGCUCAGCGUGACUUUAGCGGGCCAUACAAAUGGCAGUUGGAAGAUGGACAUGGCUGGAAGGACAUAGCCAACGAUCACAUUUUGGAAGGACAGUACUCCCAACCCAAUACCAAGGGCAUCAAUAUCUACAACACCCCCUACGGCAAAGUGAGUAUUGAUUUCAAGGCGAUGAGAGUCCACGGUAAGAAGAAUCUGAGGGUGAGGCGUUUGGAUGGUCAGCAGACAGAGUGGAUCUGGUUCUACUCAACUAGCAAAGGCUGGACCAAAUAUGGAGAAAAGGAUUCCAAGGGAAACCCAGGCCCCAUCCAGAGUUCUGAGAUCGAGAAGAAAUUCCAAGGCAACCGUAACGGUUCUCUUACGUUCAACAUCGGAUCCGAUAUCUUCGAGAUCCGAUUCAGACAAAUGAGACAGGUGAGCGGCAAGAGGAAGAGGAAAGUUGUCCGUCGUCCAAAGUACCAACCACCUCAAAGCGGAAAUCUAAUUGGUCGAGUGACGUCUGCUUUCCAGAGAGUGAAGAUGUCCCCAGCGGGCCAGAGUGAAUCUCCAGAGUGGCAGUUUGGGGGGAAAAGUGGGGGCUGGCACACCUUCAAAGACAGUGCUGACAUUGAACACCAGUACCAGCAGGACUUCAAGGGAUCCAUGUCCUACACUGUCAACCGACAGACCUACAAGCUGGACUUCUCAGCCAUGAAGCAAACCAACCAGUCUACAAGGGUGACGCGCAACAUCAGGCGUGUCUUGAGAGCAUGAUGAACAACGCAACACUCCAACAUCAUCAUUGCCUGUUUAUUUCAGGGGAAGUAGAAUUGUUGGGUUGCUAUUGUUUACAUGCAAGAACCUGCCAUUAGCUCACUAACGAAAUACAUGCCUAUUGCAGAAAUGGACUACAGAUAUUGGAUAUACUCCUGUAUACACUGUGUAUGAAACAACAUACACAAUAACAAACUGUUUACCUUUUUCUGUGUGUUUUUUAUUUUUAAUUUUUAUUUUGCAUAUAUGAGGAAUGCUGUAGCAGACUGCCAUGAUCAAGUAACUGGGACAUUUAGUUAGAUAACAUUUGUGUGCAUGAUGUUGAAAUGUAGGUCAUACCUUUUAUCUCAGGUGUUGUUCGAAAAGACGGGAAUAUUCAAAGCACUCAUUAAAUAAGCCUUAAUAUUUUUAAUUGAAUCAUUUAUUUCAAUCAAGAGUCAUAGCCAAUGAUGUAUAUACACAUCAUUGGUCAUCUAGCUUGUGUUCAUUUCUAACAUGGCUGUUCAGAAUAAACAGCCCACUGACUGCCUUAUACUUUACCCCUAGAUGAGUUACAAUUUUUUGGUGCAAUAACUGCUCAGAAGAACUGUGAGUAAACAAAUUCUGUUACGAACAGUUGAACAGUUUGACUUUAAGCAAUGAUGAAUUGAUUAUGUUUUAUGAAAAUCAAUGCAAUACAAUCUACAGUAAUGUGGUAGUAACAAUGUUGGACUAACACUGCGUUAAAAUGUUCAAAAAAAUGGGCAAACGCUUGUCCUAGGUACCUUAAUAAUAUAAUUGAAAGCUUAAACUGCCGUAUUGUUACUGUACACAAUGAAUAAAGACAAAACAGUGUAUGUUUCUAUGUAAUAAGGUUUUGAAAAAGCAGAAUAAAUUGCAAUGCUUUUAUUUUGUGUUCUGGUAGUUAGUAUGAUUUUUCUUGGUUCUAAUAAAUCUGCGUUUCACCAA